UUCUUGCUCACAAUUAUAUGCUACACCAAAAAUGAGAGUAGAGAUAGGGUUUCAACAACAAUAUUAAUCACUCCGAUUAUACCUCCACGAGGAGAAGAAUCCGCUGAUUCGCAAUGCCGAUAUACAACAUCAGGGGUAUCAAUGUGGAUUUUCCGUACGAGGCGUAUGAUUGCCAGCUUGUUUACAUGGAAAAAGUCAUCGAAUCUCUUCAAAAUAAAAGUAAUGCUCUACUAGAGAGUCCAACUGGAACAGGAAAGACAUUAUGCCUUCUAUGUGCCACAUUAGCUUGGAGGAGAAGUUUUGGCGAAUUCUCUAGAGGCCGGAGUGAUAAAAGUAGCAUCAGAGAUAUUCUCUCUCAGUCUGUAGAUGAAGAUAUACCACAAUCCCAAUCUUCUCAAUUUCCCACAAUUGUUUACACAUCACGCACCCACAGCCAGAUUAAGCAAGUGGUUAAAGAGCUGAAGAGGUCCAACUACAGGCCCAAAAUGGUGGUAUUAGGAUCUCGAGAGCAAUUGUGUAUUCAUGAUCAAGUAAGUCUACUUCGUGGAAAGGCACAAACAAAUGCUUGCCGUGCCCUGUGCAAAAAGUUAACAAAACGGUUUUGUCCUCAUUUUUCUGGUGCUGCAGAAUUCGUCAAGAAGAAUCCUGGUAUUGGAGAGGAUCCUAUUGAUAUUGAGGACUUGGUCAAUAUUGGAAAAAGCUCUGGAUCGUGUCCUUAUUACCUGUCACGGGAGAUCCAUAAGGAUGUUGAUAUCUUAUUCGCACCUUACAACUAUCUCAUUGAUCGUGGGAAUCGAAAAUCUCUGAAGAUCGACUGGAAAAAGUGCAUCCUUAUUUUUGAUGAAGCUCACAACUUAGAAAGCUUAUGUGCUGAAGCUGCCUCAUUUGACCUGCCUUCAAGUCUUUUGACAGCUUGCAUAUCAGAGGCAAAAAACUGCAUUGAUCUUUCAGUUGCUAGGAGGGACACUUCUAAUGAUACAACUUAUAGUCCAGAUGAUUUUGCUAUUCUUAGAGCACUGCUUUUGAAGCUUGAGAAGAGAAUAGCCGAGGUGCCAAUUGAAUCCAAGGAAUUAGGUUUUACGAAGGAUGGACCUUACAUUUAUCAGCUACUAUCUGAGUUAAAUAUCACUCAGCAAACUGCCGACAUGCUCACGGGUAUUAUUGAGAAGGCGUGUAUACUGCUCCAAGAAGGUGAAAAUGUCACUGGAGGUGGAGGAACACAUAAAACCAAUGGUACAGCUUUCAGGCUUGAAAGCAUAGGUGAUAUCUUUGGACUGAUUUUCAAGGAUAAUAGUACUGCUCAUGCCCAAUAUUAUCGAUUUCACGUCCAGGAAGUUGAAGCUAGCUCUAAUGAUUCCUUUAAAGGGAAAACUUCUAGAACCCUGAGCUGGUGGUGCUUCAAUCCUGGAAUUGCCAUGGAAGAGUUCACCAAGCUUGGUGUUCGAUCUAUAAUUUUGACAUCUGGUACAUUAUCACCAAUGGAUUCAUUUGCAGAAGAAUUGAAAUUAGAAUUCCCUGUCCGUUUGGAGAAUCCUCAUGUUAUAUCAGGAAAUCAAAUAUGGUCUGGGGUUGCACCGGUUGGGCCAUCUGGUUAUUCUUUCAAUUCUUCUUAUCGCAACCGUGGUUCAAUAGAGUACAAAUCGGAGUUGGGCAAUGCAAUUGUCAACUUUGCUCGAAUUGUACCAGAUGGCCUGCUUGUAUUUUUCCCAUCAUACUACCUUUUGGAGCAAUGCAUCAGCUGCUGGAAAACUACGGGUCAACAAAAUUUAUCAAAUUCAACAACAAUAUGGGAAAGGAUCUGCAAGCAUAAGUUACCUGUUGUGGAACCUAGGCAAUCCUCACUUUUUCCUUUAGCGAUUGAGGAUUACAUGACAAAGUUAAAGGAAGCCAAUUCUGGCGCAGUUUUUUUUGCUGUCUGCCGUGGGAAGGUGAGUGAAGGACUAGAUUUUGCUGACCAUGCUGGCAGAGCUGUGGUCAUCACUGGGUUGCCAUUUGCCACACUGACCGAUCCUAAGGUUCGCCUUAAACGCGAAUACUUGGAUAAUCAAGUUCAUUCUCGGAAGUCCAUAAACAAGGGACAAGGUCUCACAGGAGAAGAAUGGUACUCUCAGCAAACUAUGCGGGCUAUAAAUCAGGCCAUUGGUCGAGUCAUUCGUCAUCGACAUGAUUACGGAGCAAUUAUAUUAUGCGACGAGAGGUUCUCGCAUUCUAAUCGACAGUCUCAGAUAUCUUCAUGGAUACGACCCCAUGUCAAAUGUCACUCCAAAUUUGGUGAUGUAGUAUACACACUUACUCGAUUUUUUCGAGAUAUUAAAACAUAUCGCCCUCCAAAGCUGGAAUUUGCACAGAAUGACGAUCAAGAACCUGCUCGAGUUUCACAGAGCAGCCCCUUGUCUUUGGACAAGAUUAACCUGGAAAAGCUCCAGACAGCAUUCAAUCCAACUAGCUCAUUGGACUCAUCAUCCACUGCUGAAAAAGUCAAAAGAGGCGGUUUUUCUAUCCAUAUGAGAGAAAUACUUCCUGCCAAUCGCUCAACUCUAGCAUCAGGCAAGCUACUUCGGGAUUUAAAGAUGAAGAGUUCAAGUGUCCUUUCAAGCUCUGGGAAAGAGUCUUUGGCCAUUGAUGGGAGGAGCAAACAGGAUUAUGAUGAAAAAUCUGUUGACCUGGCUACACCUAUUUUACUGAAAAAGCAAAAGUUGCUUAUAACCGGGCCUACUCAGUCAACACAUGAAGAAAAGUCUAACCAUUUCAGAAAUAUGGUGAAGAAAGAACAUUUGCACUUCCCAGAAAAUGUCCGUGACCUCAAUCCUCAAGAACCAGAAGUAUUGGUUGGUGAAAAUACUGUCAAACCGGACAUAAGGAUGCUGUUUCGCGAUGUCAAACCGGACAUCGCUAAACAUAAGGAUGCUGUGUCGGAGACUGUAAAUAAAAACAACAUUGAGACCAAGGGAUCAGCUUUUCUCAUUGAGGUUCGAGAAAAGCUUACUGAUUCAGAAUAUAAAGAAUUUGUCGGCUCAAUGAAAGCACUCAAGUCUAAUACAAUGAAAAUUAGCCAUGCUCUGGAAUCAAUUGCUAGAUUGUUUUGUCUUCCUGACAGGCUCUCUCUUCUUCACUGUUUCAAGGACUAUGUUCCCGCGAAAUAUCGAUCUCUAUAUGAGGAAAUCAUGAUUUCCACUACAUGCGAUGCAGCUGGUCUUUAAAUUAUUAAAAGAUGUACAAAGCUAGUUCUUGAAGAUAACAGAGCCAGGAAUCGCCUUACUGCUGUGCAUGUGACGGUGUUUUUGGUGCUCGCGUCUCCAUCUGCAGACAGCUUAGGCACGACACUAGGUCAUCAUGGCUUAUACCAAGCGAAAUUGGCUGCCCCCGUAGUAUUAUUUCAGAGACGAGAUAUGAGUGAGGGACUCAUCACGUCGUUUUGAGGAGAAAGUGAGACUUGUACAUUGGCAACGACGCUGGCAAUUGUGGUGUUUCAAAACUAGAGAUGCAAAAGAAAAUCUAUGGGGGUGUGAGCUUCGACAUCUCAGUUACAGGUUAAGCUUAAUUUGUAAGUUAACCUUUUAUUAAGCCUAAUUUCUUGUUAACUAAAAGGUGUUUUAGCUUAGUCAAAAUGGAACUUUGAAUGGCGGAUGAAGGAAGUAGUUGAAAUAUACCAAGUACCCUCAAAUUUUGAUUUUUAAUUGAAUCUAAAUUAAAUUUAAAUAUUUCCUAGA